GGCCGGGAUGCGCCCAGCGACCAAGGAUUCCUAGAUGAAGUAAUGAAGAAAUAUGGCAGUUUAGUUCCACUCUGUGAAAAGGAUGUGAUGGGAAGAUUAAAGGAAGUCUUCAAUGAAGAUUUUUCCCAUAGAAAGCCAUUCAUCACCAAGGAAAUCAUGAAGUACCAGACAAGGCAUCCCAAAUCUUCCACUUGCAAUUUCCGGGUCCUCUAUAAUAAGCACAUGCUGGAUAUGGAUGAUCUGACGACACUGGAUGGUCAGAACUGGCUAAAUGACCAGAUUAUCAACAUGUACGGCGAACUAAUAAUGGAUGCAGUCCCUGACAAGGUUCACUUCUUCAACAGCUUUUUUCAUAGACAGCUGGUAACCAAAGGAUAUAACGGGGUAAAACGAUGGACUAAAAAGGUGGACCUCUUCAAAAAGACCCUCCUGUUAAUUCCGAUUCAUUUGGAAGUCCACUGGUCCCUCAUUACUGUGAAUCUCCCUAACCGAAUUAUUUCAUUUUAUGACUCUCAAGGCAUUCAUUUUAAGUUCUGUGUAGAGAACAUACGGAAAUACUUGCUGACAGAAGCUAGAGAGAAGAAUAAUCCCGAGUUCCUUCAGGGUUGGCAGACAGCUGUGACAAAGUGCAUUCCACAACAGAAAAAUGACAGUGACUGUGGAGUGUUUGUGCUCCAGUACUGCAAGUGCCUCGCCUUAGACCAGCCUUUUCAGUUCUCCCAGGAAGAUAUGCCUAGAGUGCGAAAAAGGAUUUACAAGGAGCUCUGUGAAUGCCGGCUAAUAGACUAAUAAAAAAGACGGGAGGGAAGCUACUCCUUCUGGCAUCUUUGAAAAGCCCCAGCUGGUAUCUGCGUACUUGAAUUUUUCUGAGAAACUUCCAUGAAUUUCAAACAUGUUUUGGCUGAGCGGUGGUGUGGUCAACGUAAUUACCUCACUUUUUUCUGACAUGCUCCUUAACCGGCGGACCUGCCACAAAAUAUUCCCAAUGUCAGUCGUCUUCUUUUUUUUCUAACGUUCUUUCCUGUAUUUAAUAUUUAUUAUCUAACGCAUGCGCAUAGGCAAAGCAUGCGACUAAAAGAGAAGUAUAAAACUGUAGAAUUGGUGCACCUUUGAAACGUAGCUAGAAAUGACGAGAAUAAUACAGGUUAAACAUUUUUGUCUGAAAACAUAAACAUGCAUGAUCCAUUUUUUCCUGAUGCAAUAAUGCUUUGAAUGUACAAAAGAGAAACCCCAAUGCCAUAACAAGAGCAGCUAGAAUACUUUUUUGAAAGUUGGACUUCUCCUCCCCCGCCCCGUAUUGUGGUUUUUUGUUGCUACAUUUCUAUUAAGUUUGGAAGAAGAGGGGAUGUGCUGGAAACUGGUUUAUAUAUUUUAGUUUGUGAGAAUCCCAGUGAAGUAAGCUGAGUUCAUUGCAGUUUUUCAAGUGUUUUUUAUUAGGUGGCUACUAGAUCACCAUCUUCUAUGACUGAGAAGCAAUCCCUUGUAAAACAGACACUUCAGUACUAAUAAAACAUGGAGAUGCUCGUUCA